AUGUACGAGGCUCUUCCCAUCCUGCUCGACCUGGGAGAGUCUGGAGAGAAGCCCGGGGCAGGGCUGUAUCUAGCCCAGGGCACUCGGGCUCAGGACGGACGACUCCCCCCACCGGUUAUCACAGCUCGGCCUGCAUCCGUGGUUCUGUCUAAAAGCCCUGUGACCAUCCUGUGCCAGGGGCCUCCAGACGCUGAAGCAUAUGAGAUAUUCAAAGAGAAAGGACCUGAGCCGAGGAACAGGCUGGAAUUCCAGGUGGCCGGGAAGACCCGCACUUUAAAUUUCCAAGAGAUGAGACCAGACCUGACAGGACUGUACAGCUGUUCCUACAGGAGGGGAGAACACCAGUCCCUGCUCAGUGCCCCCCUGCCCCUGGUGAUGACUGGAGCUUAUGACAAACCCUCACUCUCGAGCAUGAACGGCACCGUGAUGGCUUCGGGAGACAAUGUGGACUUAGAGUGUUUCUCCAAGGCCAAGUUUCAAGCAUUUCUUCUCACCAGAGACGAUGCACCUCACCCCACCCAGAGACAAAGCUCCACCCCCCAGGACAAUGGACGUCAGGCCACCUUCCACAUGGACCAUGUCUCCCCCACUCAGGCAGGGGCCUACAGAUGCUACGGUGUCUUCACCACUGACCCCUACCUGUGGUCUCACCCCAGUGACCCAUUGGAGCUUGUGGUCACAGGACGACUCCCCCCACCGGUUAUCACAGCUCGGCCUGCGUCCGUGGUUCUGUCUAAAAGCCCUGUGACCAUCCUGUGCCAGGGGCCUCCAGACGCUGAAGCAUAUGAGAUAUUCAAAGAGAAAGGACCUGAGCCGAGGAACAGGCUGGAAUUCCAGGUGGCCGGGAAGACCCGCACUUUAAAUUUCCAAGAGAUGAGACCAGACCUGACAGGACUGUACAGCUGUUCCUACAGGAGGGGAGAACACCAGUCCCUGCUCAGUGCCCCCCUGCCCCUGGUGAUGACUGGACGACUCCCCCCACCGGUUAUCACAGCUCGGCCUGCAUCCGUGGUUCUGUCUAAAAGCCCUGUGACCAUCCUGUGCCAGGGGCCUCCAGACGCUGAAGCAUAUGAGAUAUUCAAAGAGAAAGGACCUGAGCCGAGGAACAGGCUGGAAUUCCAGGUGGCCGGGAAGACCCGCACUUUAAAUUUCCAAGAGAUGAGACCAGACCUGACAGGACUGUACAGCUGUUCCUACAGGAGGGGAGAACACCAGUCCCUGCUCAGUGCCCCCCUGCCCCUGGUGAUGACUGGAGCUUAUGACAAACCCUCACUCUCGAGCACGAACGGCACCAUGGUGGCUUCGGGAGACAAUGUGGACUUACAGUGUUUCUCCAAGGCCAAGUUUCAAGCAUUUCUUCUCACCAGAGACGAUGCACCUCACCCCACCCAGAGACAAAGCUCCACCCCCCAGGACAAUGGACGUCAGGCCACCUUCCACCUGGAUCAUGUCUCCCCCACUCAGGCAGGGGCCUAUAGAUGCUACGGUGUCUUCACCAAUGAGCCCUACCUGUGGUCUCACCCCAGCGACCCAUUGGAGCUUGUGGUCACAGGUGAGGGGCCCCGUCCGUCCCCAGCCUCCCUCCUGAAGUUGAGGAUGUCCAGCCCGAACCGCGCCCAGGGCCAUGGCCAGUGGUACCUUCUGGUUGGCCUCCCAGUGGCCGCCGUCCUGCUGCUCCUGCUCCUGCUCCUGUUCCUGCUCAUCAAAAACAAAGCUGCCAAGACAAAGAGACAGCCACAGGCCUCCAAUCCCAUGAGCGGGCGGGCCUCUGAAGCUAGAGACCAGCAGGAUGUCACCUAUCUCCAGGUGACCUUCAAUGUCCCCACCCAGGGGUCGGCUGCGACACCCUCCUCGCUGCCCCGGGAGGCCCAGACCAGCGAGUAUGCCACAGUCGCCCCGAGAUGA